AUGCUGACGGCUAAUCUUGCCCACCAGCAGACGGCGAGCCUCUUCUGCGGGGCGCCGAUUAAAAAGGAGCUGCCGGGCCCGCCUAUGCAAAUGGUAAGCCCUGCUCGUCUGAAGAUGGGAUUCAGCCUACCGCCGAAUAUUCUCUUUUGGCCUCAGCCGGGUCUCGAGCCCGACUCCGUGUUGGCCCCAUCGCAGGUGGGCGGUGUUCAGCAGGUGGGUUGCUCGUCCGGCCGGACAGGCUACAUCUUCGUUCCGAAGGCUCCUUUGGAUCCUGUGAACCGAGAGACCACCCUUCUGACCCAUUGA